GCCGUCUCUCCGUCCCGUCCUUUCUCCUCCAACUUCCCCAUCCCCUCCCCAACACAAAUUUCGAUCAAACGAACUCGCUAAACAAUAAUCUCAUCAUCCUUAAACGCGCGGCGAACGGAAUCGGGUUUGGGGACGAGCCUUCCGGAUCCCAUUCUGGGCGGGGUGCUAAUCGUGCUUGGUAGUGGGCGAUAGGGUUUCGGAUCUGGUCGGUUAAUCCGGCGAUGAACGGCGAGAUGAUGGUGCGGCCUCCGGUGCCGGCGCCGUACCAGGUGUGGGCGGCGGCGCUGGCGCUGGCGCAGCAGCAGCUCCCUCCGGCGGCGGGCGCGGGUUUCAAGCCGGCGAGGCCCGCCUGGAAGCGGGCGGCGCGGCAGCAGCAGCCCGGGUGGAAGCAGCGGAAGGCUGCUGCGCAGGCGCAGGGGAGGUGGGGCGGGUCGGCGGCGCCGCGCAACACGACGUCGUACCUGAUCCGGGCGAAGCGGGCGGGGGGCGUGGCGUCGCUGGUGUCGCCGUGCCCCGUGACGCCUGCCGUGCUGCCGACGCCGCGGCUGUCGCCGGCACGGGAGGUGCUGGUGGAGAUGGCCAAGGAGGCGUGGGGCGUCGACGGGUACGGCUCCAUGAAGGGCCUCAUCCGCCUCCGCCCCCAGGCCGCCGGCCCCGACGCCGGCGACGGCGCCGACUCGGGCUCCGGCGAGAGCGACGUGGAGGAGCACGUGGAGGUGGAGCGCCGCCUCGAUCACGACCUCAGCCGCUUCGAGAUGGUUCAGCUCCCCGCCGCGCCCGCCGACGGCGAGGACGACGAGGCCCGCGCGGCCCGGCUGGAGGAGGAGAACCUGACCCUCCGCGCGCGGCUCUACCUGGUGGAGCGCGACAUGGCCGACCUCCGCCGCCGCCUCCUCGCCGUCGAGUCCCUCUGCCGCGACCGCCACCACGACGGCUGCGUCGUGGACGCCGCCCUUCCCGCAGACGUCGACGAGGCGGCCACCGAGGACGCAAUGGUACUCUGACGUGGCCGCCGCCGGCCGCCCGCACCGUGCCCUGUACAUAGUUCACCGUCCCUUCCUCCUCCCCCCAUGUGCAGGUGUCGACAGACAGACAGAUGUGGAAUGAAGAGUAGCCAGCAGCAGCAGAAGCAGCAGUUCGAUUGGCAUCCUUCCUAGAACCAGUCACUCUUCCUUUAAUUCGAUUAGCAGUUCGAUCUGUCGUUGUGUCAUUAGCCACCAGAUCCCCAUUUCGUGUUCAUGUAGAGUCGUAGCAGCAUUAGGAACCAGCCAAACCAAGCAAUGUGUUCAUGUAGAUGUAGCGGUCAAUGGUGGGCACCGCGAGGAAGACGAAGACGCGGGACGUUCGUGUAGAUCCAGCGGGGACAGGCACCGGCGGCGAGACCCAUGGAUGAUCGAUGGAUCCAGCAGCCGUGGCAGUUUUAUACCACUAUUUUUCCAAAAAAAAAUAUUUGCUGU